AUGUUGCUCCAAUCAAAGCUGAAAAUGCUUUUAACUUCUGAGCAACCUUAAGAGGAUUGAUUGAAGUGUCCAACCAUGACCAUCUGGCUGAUCUCUCUGACGAGUAUUCAAGUUCUACUUUUAGCAGUACCUUACCUGAGUUUACGUAUUGAACCUGGAGAAGGCAGUCUUGCUGGGGGAACGUGGAUCACAGUCAUUCUUGAUGGUCUGGGAUUGGGUGUCCUUUACCCCACCGAUGGCUCUCAAAUGGAAAUACACCUGGUGAACAUGAACGUGGCCAUGCCUGCACUGCCUAGUAUCCCCUGUGAUGUCUUUCCCGUGUUUUUGGAUUUGCCUGUGGUGACAUGCCGGACCAGAUCUCUGCCUUCUGGAGCCCACGAGGGUCUGUACUCCCUGGAAGUGUACUUUGGGGGACAGGCGGUAGGCAGCCCGAGUUCAGGAGCACAAGACAGCUGUACUUUUAAGUUUUCCAAGGCCCAGACACCCGUUGUUUACCAAGUUCAUCCAUCAAGUGGAGUUCCAGGAGAACUAAUACAUGUGCAUGGCUGGAUUAUCACUGGGAAAUUAGAAACCUUCGAUGUUGACGCUGAGUACAUUGAUAGCCCAUUGAUCUUGGAAGCUCAGGAAGACAAAUGGGUGACUCCUUGUUCUCUUGUAAACAGGCAGACAGGAAGCCGCUAUCCCAUUCAGGAAGACCGAGGCCUUGGGACUCUGCAGUGCUGUGUGGAAGGCAACUACAUUGGCUCCCAGAAUGUUAGUUUCUCAGUAUUUAACAAGGGAAAGUCCAUGGUUGACAAGAGCGCAUGGCUGAUCAGCGCCAAGCAAGAGCUUUUCCUGUACCAGACACACUCAGAAGUGUUAUCUGUGUUACCAGAAACUGGGAGCCUUGGGGGAAGAACAGACAUCACAAUUACAGGAGACUUCUUUGACAACUCUGCCCAAGUUACUAUUGCAGGCAUUCCAUGUGAUAUCAGACGUGUGUCUCCCAGGAAGAUUGAAUGUACCACUAGGGCUCCAGGAAAAGAUGCCAGGCUCACUGCUCCUCAAGCAGGCAAUCGAGGGCUUCUGUUUGAAGUUGGAGAUGCUGCCGAGGGCUUGGCCCUGACGGAAGCCACCCCUGGGUACAGGUGGCAGAUUGUCCCUAAUGCCAGUUCUCCAUCUGGAUUUUGGUCAAAGGCAGGACAACCUUUUAGAGCACGGCUCAGUGGGUUCUUUGUGGCUCCAGAGACAAAUAAUUACACUUUCUGGAUCCAGGCAGACAGCCAAGCUUCCCUGCAUUUGAGUGGGUCAGAGGAGCCGAGGACUAAGGUGAAAGUGGCCUCCAUUGGGGUUGGCAGUGCUGACUGGUUUGACUCCUGGGAGCAGCAUGGGGGUGAAGGGAUGUGGCAGCAGAAGACACCCAAGUUGGAGCUCUUGGGUGGAGCCAAGUACUACUUGGAAGCAGAGCAUCAUGGGAUAGCCCCCAGCACAGGGAUGAGAAUCGGCGUCCAGAUUCAUAACACCUGGCUGAGUCCUGAUGUGGUUACCACUUACCUCCGGGAGAAACACCAGAUCCGAGCCCGAGCCCAGAGGCUUCCGGAAAUACAGGUGCUGAACGUGUCAGGCAGCGGAAACUUCUUCCUUAUGUGGGACAAUGUUUCUAGUCAGCCAAUCCCUGCAAAUGCCACAGCCCAUCAGAUUCAAACAACCAUUGAGGAGUUACUUGCAGUAAAAUGCAAACUGGAACCUCCUUCAGCUAACGUCCUACUGAGGCUUGGAUUUGAACAAGGUCCAGAAGUUUCCAGUUCUGAUGGGGACCUCACCAGUGGGUCAGAGCCUUUCUGUGGCAGGUUCAGCCUCCGUCAGCCUCGACACCUUGUUCUGAUGCCCUCAGCUUCCCAGAAGGGCUAUUGGUUAGAUCAGCACACACAUCUGUGUCUUGCAUACAAAGGCCACACGAAUAUGAUCGUGAAGAUGACCGUGUCCUACACAACCAGCUUUCACAAUGUGACACAGAAGAACGUCACCUGUGAUUGGACUCUCACGAUGACCAGUCCCGAGAGAUGGCGCUUCACCUGCACUGACCUCUGGGAGACAUGUGUGCGGCAUUCCAGGGAUGUCCAGCCACCUCGGGAAGACUCCCCAGUGCGGGUUCAUCAGAUUGACCUUCUGCCCCUGGCUCAGGAGACGGGUCUGCUCUUUGUGGAUGAAAUUAUUAUUGCAGACACAAACGUAACAGUUUCUCAAGCUGAUUCUGGAACAGCUCGUCCAGGCGGGAACCUGGUGGAAUCAGUCUCCGUGGAGGGGUCCCCUCCAGUCUACAGUGUGGCUUCCUGGCUGGCUGGUUGUGGCAUGGAGCUCCCACUCAUCUCUGCAUGCUCUGUGGCCACUGAAGGAACAGAAGAAGGAUCUGGACUGGACCAGGUGACAACACAGAGACUACAGAGGACGAGUCCACCGUUAGGAGGACACUUUCACAUCCAACUUUCUAAUACAGUGAUUCUUGAUGUCCCUGUGCACAUCUCUGCAAGUCACCUUCACAAGCUUUUGCAGAGCAAUGCCGAUGCUGUCACCUCCAGAUACCUCAACGCCAGUGACUUCACUGUGAAGGAGGAUCUGAACACUUGUUAUGAACAUGUGUGGACCCUGUCCUGGUCCACCCAGAUUGGGGAUUUGCCCAAUUUUAUCCGGGUCUCUGCUGGAAAUCUUACUGGACUGAAUCCUGUUGCAACUACUCGUGUGGUAUAUGAUGGGGGAGUUUUCCUCGGACCUGUAUUUGGAGACAUGUUAGCUACUGCCAACCAGUGCACCCAGGUGGUUGUGCAAGUGAAUGACAUACCAGCUCAUUGCCCGGGCUCUUGUUCUUUCCAGUACCUCCAAGCAUCAACUCCCUGGGUCCAUUCUAUGUGGUAUUCUCUCGAUGCUGACGCCAACCUACUAGUUUACAUUAUUGGAACUGGGUUCUCCAGUGACUCCAAGUCCUUGCAGGUUACAGUGAACAGAACAAAUUGUAGAGUUAUUUUCUCAAACCAAACAAAUGUAGUCUGUCAGACAGAAAUGCUACCGGUGGGAGAGCAUUGGAUCUCGAUGUUGGUGAGACCCUUUGGUCUUGCCAUCAAUGCCAGUGGAGAAGGCCUCUUCCUGAAGGUGGAGCCUAGACUGGAUGCUGUGGAACCUUCCAGAGCUGCAGAGAUUGGAGGGCUCUGGGCCACCAUCCGGGGCUCUAGUUUGGAAGGUGUUAGACUGGUGUUCUUUGGAUCUCAGUCCUGUGCCAUCAAUGUCACCACAAGUGGUUCACAAAGAAUUCAAUGCAGAGUUCCACCCAUGGGGAAAGAUGGACGCAUUGUGAAUGUGACUGUCAUCAGUGGGGACCAUUCUGCAGUACUUCCCAGGGCAUUUACAUAUGUCUCCUCUUUAAAUCCAGCGAUUGUGACUCUGAGCAGAAACAGAAGCAACGUAGCAGGAGGUGAGACCCUCCUCAUUGGAAUGACGUCCCUGGUGAACUGUACGGAUUUAGCUGUGGAAGUCUACGUCGGUGGUGCCCUAGCUGGGGUUCGUGCACAGAUGGCUUGGGGCGUGGAGGUGGUGCUGCCGGCGCUGCCGUCUGGCCUCCAUGGGAUAUCCGUCUCUAUCAACGGAGUCAGCAUUCGCUCGCAAGGGGUUGAUCUCUACAUCCAGUAUAUCACAGAAGUUUUCAGCAUCCAGCCGUGCUGUGGGUCCCUUCUGGGUGGAACCUUCCUCAGCAUCUCAGGAAUAGGCUUUGGCAGGAACCCAGCUUCUGUUUGGGUGCUCGUGGGCAAUCAGUCCUGUGACAUUGUGAAUGUCACAGAGGUGAGCAUCCAUUGCAAGACCCCUCCGGCUCCCCAGAUGCCCGAUGCAGAUGCUUCUGCUGUCUCAGCCCCUGUAGAAGUCUGGGUUGGCAACAUGUCCUUCACCCAUGGAUCUUCAGCGAGCUUGGUGGGGAAGGGCUUCACCUUCAUGUAUGAAGCAGCAGCAACACCAGUGGUCACUUCCCUGCAAGGAGAAAUCACAAAUAGCAGCCUGAGGCUGUAUGUAGGAGGAAGCAACCUCUCCAACUCAGUCGUCCUUCUGGGGAGCUUGACCUGCGAUCUUGAGACACAGUCUUCCCAGAGCAGCGUGAACCUGUUUGGAUGUUCCUUUCCUCUUCCUGGCUUAGAGGCUGGCAUCUACCCCUUCCAAGUUUAUCAGAAGCAGAUGGGAUUGGCUAAUACGUCUGCGGUGCCCCAGCAGUUUGUGAUGACACCUUGGAUAAUGGCUGUCUCUCCAACCCAUGGCUCUGCGUGUGGGGGGACGGUACUCACGGUGAGGGGGCUGGCUCUCAACUCUAAAAGGAGGUCAGUUCAGGUUGACCUUUCAGGUCCUUUCACCUGUGUGGUUUUGAGUGUGGGAGACCACACUGUUCUCUGCAAGGUUAGCCCUGUGGGUGGCCCCUUGCCUGGAGUUUCCUUCAGCCUGGAUGUCACAGUCUUGGUCAAUGACGUGACCAGUGAGUGUCAGGGGAAUUGCACUCUCUUCAUGCAGGAGGAGACAACUCCUGUCGUGGACGCCAUGACCACAAACAUCAGUGGGUCUCUGACAACUGUGCUGAUUAGGGCUCAGAGGUUAGGCACCACGGCCAGUGAGCUGAUGGUGUUCGUGGAUGAUCAACUUCCUUGCAAUGUGACUUUCUUUAAUGAAAGCUACGUGGCAUGCCAGAUAAGUGACUUGAUUCCAGGACCCCACUACCUAUCGGUUUUUCAAGCAAGAAAUGGGUAUGCUUGUUUUGGUAACAUUUCCAGGCGCUUCUACGUUAUACCUCAAGUGUUUCAUUAUUUUCCUAAGCAUUUCAGCAUAUAUGGUGGAAGCCUGUUGGCCAUAGAGGGUACAGCCCUAAGGGGAAAGAACACCACAUCAGUCUCCAUUGGCCAGCAAGCAUGCCUGGCAGUGGACAUCAGUGCUGAGCUCAUCCAGUGUGUGGUUCCCGCAGGGAAUGGCUCUGUUGCCCUGGAAAUCGAGGUAGAUGGACUUUUAUUCCACAUUGGAAUCAUUGACUACAGCCAUGACUUCACCCCAGAAUUGCUCUCUUUUUCUCAGAGUGAUGACAUCUUAACCUUUGCAGUGGCCCAAAUCUCAGGAGCUACAAAUAUGGACAUAUUUAUUGGGAUGUCACCCUGUGUGAGUGUCUCUGGUAAUCACACUGUUCUCCAGUGCACGGUCCCUUGCCUUCCUGCUGGGGAGUACCGUGUCAGAGGUUAUGACCACAUCAGAGGGUGGGCCUCAUCUAUCCUGGUGUUCACUUCGAGAGUUAUUAUUACGGCAGUGACCAAGAACUUUGGCUACCUGAGUGGAGGUCUUGUGCAUGUAUUUGGAACAGGAUUUUCUCCAGGGAAGCUCUCAGCUGCUGUGUGUGGUGCUCCCUGCAGAAUCUUGGCUAAUGCAACGGUGUCAGCCUUCAGCUGCUUGGUGCUCCCCUUGGAUGUGUUGAUGGCUUUCCUGUGUGGCCUGAAGCAUGAGGAAGACAACUGUGAGGGCACCAGUUGCACCUAUGUGCAGUGUGAUUUGACUGUUGCUGUGGGGACAGAGACACUGCCUGAGUCAUGGCCUUACCUCUACAUUUGCGAAGAAAGUGCUCAGUGCCUCUUUGCGCCAGAUCACUGGACAGAGUCAGCAUUUCCAUUUUCAUUCUCAGGCCUCUUCAUCAGCCCUAAAGUGGAAAGAGAUGAAGUUCUCAUCUAUAAUAGCUCCUGUAACAUUACCAUGGAAACUGAGGCAGAGAUGGAGUGUGAGACGCCUAAUCAGCCAAUUACCGCCAAGAUUACUGAGAUACGGAAAAGCUGGGGCCAGAACACUCAGGGCAACUUUUCCUUUCAGUUUUGCCAGAGAUGGUCCAAGGCUCACAGCUGGUUUCCCGAGAGAGUGCCACAAGAUGGCGACAAUGUCACAGUGCAGAGAGGCCAGCUGCUCCUGCUUGACACCAAUACAAGCAUCCUCAACUUGCUGCAUGUUAAAGGGGGCAAGCUCAUUUUCCUGGCUCCAGGACCCAUCGAACUCAGGGCCCACGCCAUCCUUGUUUCUGAUGGUGGAGAGCUCCGAAUUGGAUCCGAGGACAAACCCUUCCAAGGGAAAGCUUGGAUCAAACUCUAUGGAAGUUUCUACUCGACCCGCUUCUUUCCUUAUGGAAUCAAGUUCCUGGCUGUGAGGAAUGGAACUCUUUCCCUGCAUGGUUCACUACCAGAAGUCAUUGUCACCCAUCUUCGAGUGGCUGCCCAUGCCCAAGACACAGUGUUGGCUCUAGAAGAUGCUGUAGACUGGCAGCCUGGUGAUGAAGUUGUCAUCAUCAGUGGGACAGCUGUCGAAGGUGUCAAACCGAUGGAAGAGAUUGUCAUUGUGGAAACUGUGCACAACACAGACCUCUAUCUUAGGUCACCCUUGAGAUAUUCUUACAACUUUACAGAGAAUUUGGUGGCUGGAGAGCACCUUAGUUUAAAAGUCACUGUAGCUCUUCUGAGCAGGAGUAUUACCAUACAAGGAAAUCUCACCAAGGAGAGGAUGGAGCUCCUUGCUUCAUGCCAGGAAGCCAGUGCUUCAGAAGGUAAUUGGAAGCGCUGUUUGUAUUCCAUGAGUGAGAAGAUGCUGGGAUCUAGAGAUCUGGGGGCCAGUGUGAUCAUUCAGUCUUUCCCAGAAGAGCCCAGCUUGGUCCAGUUGAAGGGAGUGCAAUUCCAAGACUUGGGGCAAGCCUUCCAGAAGCAUCUGAGCUCACUCACUCUGGUGGGAACACUGAGAGAUUCCUAUGUGCAGGGCUGCACGGUGCGGAACUCCUUCAGUAGAGGCCUCGGCAUAUGCAGGACUGUUGGCUUGAAGGUGGACAGUAAUAUUUUCUACAACAUUUUAGGCCAUGCCUUGCUGGUGGGGACAUUCAUGGAGAUAAGACAUAUCUCUUGGGAGGCUAUUCCUGGAAGAAAAAAGGACUGGUCAGAAGUGGGAAAUAUAGUAAGAAACAAUGUGAUCAUCGGUGUUUCUGGUGCCGAGGGCCUCUCCAACCCUGAGAUGCUGACACCAUCUGGAAUCUACAUCCGCAAUCCCACCAACAUCAUAGAGGGGAACAGAGUGUGUGCUGCUGGCUUUGGCUACUUUUUCCAUCUUGUGACCAGACAAACAUCACAAGCUCCACUUCUCUCCUUUACUCAGAACAUCGCACAUUCUUGUACAAGGUAUGGUCUCUUUGUAUACCCUAAGUUUCAGCCACCUUGGGAUAAUGGCACAAGCCCCACCCUGUUCCAAAACUUCACAGUUUGGGAAAGUCUAGGUGGUGCUCAGAUUGUUAGAAGUAGUAAUCUUCACCUGAAAAACUUCCAAGUUUAUUCAUGCCGAGAUUUUGGAAUUGACAUCUUGGAAAGUGAUGCAAAUACUUCAGUUACUGACAGCUUAUUACUUGGUCAUUUUGCCCACAAGAAAUCACAGGAAGGCCUGUGUAUGUCAGCUGGGAUUAAAACUCCCCAAAGAUGGGAACUGAUGGUAUCUAACACUGCCUUUGUUAAUUUUGAUCUCAUCAACUGUGUGGCCAUAAGAACCUGUUCAGGCUGUUCCCAGGGACAAGGUGGAUUUACUGUGAAGACCAACCAGUUGAAGUUUACAAACUCUCCAAACUUAGUAGCAUUUCCAUUUCCUCAUGCCGCAAUUUUGGAAGACUUGGAUGGGUCUCUGUCUGGGGAAAAUACAAGUCACAUUCUCCCUUCCAUGGAAACCCUUUUGGCUUCUUGUUUGGUCAAUGCGAGCUUCAGUCAAAUUGUGCCUGGAAGUGUCUGUGGGGGAGGUGCUCGCUUUCAUCGUAUGUCUAUUGGUUUAGCUCACGCUGCUGACACUCCUUAUGAUUUAACCAUUACUGACAGCAGAAAUAAGACAACCACUGUCAAUUAUGUCCAUGAUACAUUGUCUAAUCCUCAUGGUUGGAUGGCUCUGCUUUUGGACCAAGAGACUUACUCAUUGAGGUUUCAGAAUCCUUGGAUCAACAGAUCUCUGCAGUACUCAGCAACCUUUGACAACUUUGCUCCUGGGAAUUCCCUCCUGCUGGUGCACACAGACCUGCCACCUUCCCCUAACAUCCUCAUAAGAUGCGGGAGUCACGUGGGUCUGUCUCUUCCAUUUCUUCCAUCACCUGGUCAGAACCAAGGCUGUGACUGGUUCUUCAAAACCCAGUUGAGACAACUCACCUACCUGGUUGCAGGUGAAGGCCAAGUUCAAGUAAUUGUCCAGGUGACAGAAGGUGCAUCUCCGACUAUUUCAGCUUCUACUUCUGCACCUGAAUCAGCUUUAAAAUGGUCUCUCUCUGAAACAUGGCAAGGUGUUGAGGAGGGCUGGGGAGGAUACAACCACAGCAUUCCAGGCCCAGGGGAUGACGUCCUGAUUUUAUCCAACAGGACUGUCCUUGUGGAUACAGACCUUCCAUUCCUCAGAGGCCUCUAUGUGAUGGGGACUUUAGAUUUCCCUGUGGACAGAAGCAAUGUUCUGAGUGUGGCGUGCAUGGUCAUUGCAGGCGGGGAGCUGAAAGUCGGUACUUUAGAAAAUCCCUUAGAAAAAGAACAGAAGCUUCUGAUUCUCCUUAGAGCUUCAGAGGGAGUCUUUUGUGACCGUCUUGAUGGAAUUCGUAUUGAUCCAGGAACAAUUGGGGUUUAUGGGAAAGUUCAGCUUAACGGUGCUUAUCCUAAGAAAUCGUGGACACGUCUUGGAGCUGAUAUUGCCUCAGGAAAUGAGAGAAUUAUUGUGGAGGAUGCAGUGGACUGGAGACCCCAUGACAAAAUUGUUCUCAGCUCUUCUUCUUACGAGCCUCACGAAGCAGAGAUCCUCACUGUGAAGGAAGCCCAGGGCCACCACAUUAGGAUUUACGAGCGGCUCAAACACCGGCACAUUGGAAGUGCCCACGUCAUGGAUGACGGCAGGCAAAUUCGUUUGGCUGCUGAAGUUGGACUGUUGACCCGCAAUAUACAAAUUCAGCCUGACAUUUCAUGUAGGGGGAGAGUACUUGUGGGGUCCUUCAGAAAUUCCAACAGGGAAGAAUUUUCAGGUGUCCUUCAACUUUUAAAUGUGGAAAUGCAGAACUUCGGGUCACCAUCGUACUCAUCUAUCGAAUUCACCAGUGUGUCAGCAGAGUCCUGGGUAACAUCUUCUACUCUGCACCAGAGCUGUGGUGGCGGCAUCCAUGCAGUUGCCAGCCAUGGAAUACGUUUAAAUGACAAUGUAGUGUUUGGCACAGCUGGCCAUGGCAUGGAUUUGGAGGGUCAAGCCUAUUCUCUCACUAACAACCUGGUGGUUCUGGUGAUACAGCCAGCAUGGUCUAGUGUUUGGGUAGCAGGAAUCAAAAUGAACCAUGCAAAGGACAUUGACCUUCGUGGCAAUGUUGUAGCUGGAUCAGAGAGACUUGGCUUUCACAUCCGAGGCCACCAGUGCCCCUCAUCUGAAGUGCUUUGGUCUGACAAUGUGGCCCACUCAAGCCUUCAUGGCCUUCAUCUCUAUGAAGAAAGUGGACUUGGCAACUGCACUGGUAUCUCUGGCUUCCUGGCUUUCAAGAACUUUGACUAUGGUGCCAUGCUACGUGUGGAGGACAGGAUGGAGAUAGAGAACAUCACUCUGGUAGACAAUGGUGUUGGUCUUUUGGCAGUAGUGUAUGUGUCUCCAGCUUCACAGAGCUCCAUGGAAAACAUGCAAAUUGUGCUUAGGAGUUCAGUCAUUGUGGCCACCAGCUCCUCUUUUGACUGCAUUCAGGACAGAGUGAAGCCUCACUCAGCCAAUGUGACAUCAGCAGAUCGAGCUCCUUCCAAUCCAAGAGGGGGCCGAGUUGGGAUUCUGUGGCCUGUCUUCACCUCAGAACCAAAUCAGUGGCCUCAGAGGCCAUGGCAUGAAGUGAGGAAUGACCGUUCAGUUUCAGGAAUCAUGAAACUUCAAGAUGUCACCUUUACUGGUUUUGUGAAAAGUUGCCAUAGCGAUGACCUGGAUGUCUGCUUUCUGCCAAAUAUAGAAAGCACUGGAAUAAUGCCCCCAAUAACAGCAGAGAGGACCCGGAUGCUAAAGAUGAAAGAUAAAAACAAGUUCUACUUUCCUCUGUUACAGCCCAGGAAAGAUUUAGAAAGAGAUGUCUGUGCUGAAUCCAAUUGUGAAAAUCCAAGAAAAUAUCUCUUUAAAGAUCUGGAUGGGAGAGCCCUGGGUCUGCCUCCACCUGUUUCUGUAUUUCCUAAAACUGAGGCGGAAUGGACUGGAUCCUUCUUCAACACAGGUACAUUUAGAGAAGAACAGAAAUGCACGUACCGAUCGCUGGUACAUGGCUACAUCUGCAAACAGACUGACCACGUGGUCCUAGUUCUUGAUAAUGCUGACGCCAUGUGGACAAUCCAGAAGUUAUAUCCAGUUGUUUCUGUGACUGGUGGUUUUGUUGACACCUUUAGUGGGGUAAAUGCCAAUACUUCCUGUUCUAUCUUCAGGUCUGGGUCAACUUUCUAUUCCAUUUUACCAACCAGGCAAAUCACCAAAGUCUGCUUUGCAGAUCGAACUCCUCAAGUUCUGCGUUUCUUUCUCUUGGGCAAUGAAAGCACUUCUAAACUUCUCUUGGCUAUAUUCUACCAUGAGCUCCAGAGCCCCCGUGUUUUCCUGAGGGAAAGUUUUAUUCCACCCAGUCUGGCUCAAUCAACUUCCUCUUUGCUAAAUGAAUCUAUUGGUGUCAACUAUUUCAACGUCAUGGACAACCUCUUGUAUGUUGUCCUGCAAGGAGGAGAGCCCAUUGAAAUACGCUCAGGUAUUUCUAUUCAUUUAGCUCUCACUGUGACAUUUUCAGUCUUAGGAAAAGACUGGGAAAGAAUGAUACUUGAAAGACUAACCAGCUUCUUACAGAUUGGCCAACACCAAAUCAGAUUUGUUCAGGAGAUGCUUGGCAAUGAAGACACCCUAAAGGCCAUUGCUGACAGUACAGCAAAAAGAAAGCGGAAUUGCCCAUCUGUGACUUGUGCCAGUCAUUAUAGAAGAGUUGGUCAACGUAGACCUCUCAUGAUGGAAAUGCCCUCAUAUGGGGUCCCACCACCAACCACUAUGGAACCUAUCUCAAAAGUGAUUGUGAUUGAAAUUGGUGAUUUGCCAACAGUAAGCAGCACUGUAAUGAUUCCAUCCUUGUCCAGUAACAAAUUACAGAAUUUGGCUCACCAAGUCAUCACUGCUCAACAGACUGGAGAAUUGGGGAGUAUUCUGAAUGUGACUAUAGGAGCCAUACUAGUGACUCAGCCAAAGGGAGUCCUUGGCAAUGGGAAUACAAGCAGCUUUACAAGUGGGAACCUGGUCUAUAUUCGGCCCUAUGCUCUUUCCAUCCUCGUCCAACCUUCGGAUGGAGAAGUGGGAAAGGAACUGCCAGUGCAACCACAGCUCGUGUUUCUGGAUGAGCAGAAUCGAAGAGUGGAGUCCUUGGGGUCCCCCUCAGAGCCUUGGACGGUUUCAGCUUCCCUGGAAGGGACAUCAGAUUCAGUGCUACAAGGAGCCAAUUUUACAGCUCGAUCCAGGCCAUUUGCUGUCUUGCCUGUGACUAGAAGGGAGAAGUCCACCGUUAUCCUGGCUGUUUCUGUGAGCUCCGCGGUCUCGUGGCUGGCUCUGAGCUGUCUGCUGUGCUGUUGGUUUAAGAAAAACAAGAGCCAUAGAAAAACAAAACCUGAAGAGAUUUCUGAAUCCCAGACUAAUGAUCAAAAGGAUCAUAUCCAUAUCACGUCCAAAUGCAGAGGAUCCCGAGUAAGGACUGAAAAAGAAGAGCCUGUGGUGAGAGAAGAUGUGAAGAUGGAGGUCGUGCUGGGCAAGCCCCACCAGUCACGAAAUGGGGUGUCCAGAAGAAAGGUCAGCCGCCACUCCAUCCCCGAAGUCGCUGCUGUCCCUGCUCCCAGUGUUACUGGCACCUUGUCCCAGGGGCACACCUGUGCUCCAGGCUCUCCUGCUUGGCAGACGAAGCUGCAGGAGACUGGGAACUGGAAGGAAGCCCAAGAGCAGCUGCUCAGAUACCAGCGGGCAGGUCACGGUCAGCUGCUGCUGCUAUACCCAGAUCUCAGACAAGACAGGCAGAAGCAGCCGGAGCAGAGCCCACUGAGCAAGGAAAGUGGCAGCUCAAGGCUUUCCCAAGAGAAAAAUGCCACCUGUGGGGGUGCUGAGGCCUUCUGCCUGCGUUCAGUACACCCAGAAGCUAUGCAGGAGCAGCUGGGCUCAGGGACUAGUGUGGACAUUUGGGCUGAACGGCAGAACGCUCAAACUAUUUCUGGAUAGUAAGUAAGGGAGGUGAGACCUGAGCUGCAGAGACAACUAAGAAGGGAGAGUGUGGAUUUUGCAUCUUCUUUGCAACUAUAUGGAAGCUGAAAAACAAUAAUGUAAAUGCUUAUAGACAGAAGAGUAUCUGAAACAUCUUUUAUAUUUUCCUCUGAUUAUUGUCCAAUGCCAGACAAUUAACAGGUUCUCGAACACUUGUUACUUCUCUACUUACUUUUAACUUAAGCCAGUUUAUAUUCUUGAAUUUGCCAACUUAACAGUACUAUAAGA